GUCAAGAUACCAAUAGCAAUAGUCGUUGUUGUGCAAGACAAUUCUAAUAAGGAACAGUAUCAACAAGCUCAAGACACAAUAUCAUGCUACGCAACUUAUCACGGUUACCCAUUCCAUUAUGUCAUUGUUGCAGACAAUACCACAUUAACAGAAAUCUGUCCUCAGAAAGACUUCAUGUUUCAACGUCACUGCGUUGUCGCUCACAUGAUGAGCUUGUGGGACGAACAGUGGUUGCUCUUCAUUGAUGCGGAUAUGGCAAUAAUCAAUCCUAAUCAUUUAAUUGAGGAAUACAUUCCCAGUGAUCCUGAAGUACACAUAGUUUUCUACAACAGAAUAUUCAACCACGAAGUCAUGGCUGGAUCUUACCUUACGCGAAAUUCCCAAUUACUCUUACAAUUUCUUAUUGCAUUGGAGCAAUUACGAAUUCACAAUUUACAAAGUUUUCAUGGAUCAGAUAAUGGAGCCGUUCACAGUGCCAUAGUGUCAUACGAAGUUCCUGUCGAAGAUGGUGCUCGCAAGGGCUGCGAAAAGUUUUGGUCAUCUGCCAAGGAUUAUGAUACUCUAUCGAUAUAUGAAGGGUCGUCGUCGUGGGCACGUGAUGGUUGGCUCACAAACUCAGCUUGGAGCGAGCAAGACUUUAUACUCCAUGGUUGGCAGAGGAGGCGAAAGGAUAAAAUGCGUUUUGCGCGAUGGCAUUCUCCUCUCGUGGAUGCGACAUGGAAUUCGGCUUUGUGUGCUGGCCCAAAUGCUUAUUUUAAUUGGAGGUACAAAGACAGCUUUAUCGAGAAGAACGAAGAAAUCCAAAGGAGGCUGAAUGUAACCAUUCGGCAGGUUGAAGCAGAUUUUCAAUCCAUCAAGGCAACGAUACAGACGACUAGAUGA